UGGAAACCCGCGAGAAAGAAACCGAGAGCGCAUCCUAACGUUUUUGACAGGAGGCUCCCAGUUUUGCUUUCUUCCGCCUCGCUCGCUCUUUGGAUCGCGAGCCGAAGAAACCCUGUCGAUGAUGAUAGUCGCAGAGAAGGAAGGGAUUGCAAGAGCAGCCAGAGGCCCGGUAGCGGAUUGCCCGGCUGCCUCGCCUAUUCCGCCGCUAAAUUCCCGACCCCGCCGCCUCCACAAUUUCUCCUUCCCGACCCUCAGCUGGCGUGGCCAGCGCUUCCUCCGCUGCUCCAAACUCCCCAGCGGCGCCACUGUCGAACUUCCCGGAUCGGCCGAUCGCGACAACAGGACUUCCCAGAUGAAAUCUUCCCCUCCGAGGCCGUUGCCGGGGUUUCGGGAUUCGAAGGAGGGGGAAAGGAUAGGGAGCGAAGGACGGGAGGCAGAAAGGGACACCUCUUGUGCGGCGGCAGGGGCAGAGGCCACUAGGCCCUGGAAUUUGAGGACGAGAAGGGCUGCUUGUAAUGCACCAACCGAGCGGGCUCUGGCAAUGGAGAAGAUUAAUUCUCCGGUGAAGACGAUGAGGCUACGAUCAGAUGAAUCGGAGAAGGGUGAGACGAGGAAGUUCUCGAUCUCGCUUUCUCGGCCGGAGAUCGAGGAGGAUUUUUUCGCCAUCAAAGGCAGGAAACUCCCUCGGCGGCCAAAGAAAAGGGCUAAGAUUGUUCAGCGAGAACUCGAUGUUUGUGUUUAGAGAGGAUCAACAUACACCUGCUGAAGGAAAAGAUGGGAAUGUUGAACAUCAAAAUUUAUUCACAGAAAGGGAAAAGGAUGAAGCUACCGGUUUGUUCAUCCGCAGAAUUCAACAUCGGAUGUGAUCAGGCUUCCGUAUCAUGUUUACAGCACAAAACGGGUGACAUGUCUAUACAUCUAUGAUGGUGUUAGGUCGAAAUCCUCUCAUUUGAUUUCUCCAUGUCAAUCGCAUCAGUCCCAUCUGUUGUGUGGGCAACGAUACCAACCCAAGGAUUUGGUGGAAUCGACAACUUCAGUUCUGUGGAGGUGCAGUUCGAAGAAGUUGUUGGAAGUGAACCCGUCACACAGUACGUGAGGACGAAACCGGCACGUAUACGACCCGAAAUUUCCUGCGUCAACCAUAAGACGAAUUGCAGAAAGAUCCUCUUCGAUGGAGUCGACGAUGUGUGGGUGCUGGAAGAGGAGCGGGAAAGGAAAGGGGGGAGUCGGAGGCGGCGACGAGGAGCAGCAGCAGUCGUCGCCUUGGAAUCUGUUCAUCGAUCUCAAGGUGUUGGAGGCCGCUACCGAUAACUUCUCAGAAGCCAAUCUCCUCGGACAGGGCGGCUUCGGCCCCGUUUAUAAGGGGGUGAUGAAGAAUGGGCCGGAGAUAGCAGUGAAGAAGCUGUCGUUGCACUCUCGGCAGGGGGUGCGGGAGUUCACCAACGAGGUCAGUCUACUGCUCAAAGUCCAACACCGGAAUCUGGUUUCGUUGCUCGGCUGCUGCGUCGCCUCCGAUCAGAAGAUGCUCGUCUACCCCUACUUCCCAAACCGAAGCCUCGAUCACUUCCUCUUUGAUAAGCGCAGAACGGCAUCACUGGAUUGGUCGAAACGUUUUGAGAUUAUUGUGGGAGUGGCAAAGGGCCUUCUGUACCUCCAUGAAGAGUCUCCAGUGAAGAUCAUCCACAGAGACAUCAAAGCCAGCAACAUUCUACUCGAUGACCGAUUGAACCCAAAGAUAGCUGACUUUGGCAUGGCAAGACUCUUCCAAGGGGAUGAUACGCAUGUCAAUACAUUUAAGGUUUCUGGUACCUACGGCUACAUGGCACCGGAGUAUGCACUGAGCGGCUAUCUGUCAGCGAAGGCUGAUGUCUUCAGCUUUGGGGUAUUGAUGUUGGAGAUCGUGAGCGGGAGGAAAAAUAUCGACAAAAAGCUGGACGAAGAGCGGAUCGACCUACUGAGCUACACAUGGAAGCUCUUCGAGGAAGGUAAAGCAUUGGAGAUCGUGGAUCCUAGUAUUUCCACUUGGGACCGUGAUGAAGCCGCAUUGUGUAUCCAAGUCGCACUGUUGUGCUGCCAAGCCGUGGUUUCUGUCAGACCUGAGAUGCACGGUGUCCGUCUCAUGCUAUCGAGUGAGUCGUUCUCGUUGCCGAAGCCAGGAAGGCCUGGAACUCGUGGAAGAGAAGGGCGAUGGACAAGCACCGCCACAUCAACUCUCACCAGGACAAGCGCAAACAGUACUGCUGCUUCCACUGCUACUGAUGCCACCAAGUCUUCUUCCAUCUUUUACGGCAUAGCUGAAGACUUCUCUCGGAAUUCUAUCUCCGUAUCGUUUACUACGGAGGGCCGGUGAAAUGAACUCUCUCUCUCUCUCUCUCUCUCUCUCUCUCUCUCUCUCUACUUUUCUUGAGCACCUGGACGUAUUAGUACAUUCAAGAGUUCAUCUAUCAUAAUUCAAUCCACGUUAGAUGGCAUAGUGAAGAUUUAACCCAGCAUGACGCGGUAUGAUGACGAAGUAUACCGUGGAACUCAUGGAACAAAUGCACUACUAAUCGCUUCCAUGGGGUCGUUUUCAAUGUAGAAUCCCAUGCACCGACACCCACCCCUGCAUGGCAUUGAUUCCCUGCUUCGAGGCAAUAAUAAUGCAUGGGUCCCACACCACUUGCCUGA